GUUGUCAUGGAGAACUUGAAGUGUUGAAAAGGCUUGUGUCUGUCUGGUGUGUCUGGUACGAAAUCUUAUUCUUCUAGGUCAAGUAGUGAAGAUGUCUGAUGAACUGGAUGAUCUGUUGAAUGAGGUGCAGGAGUCUGAUGUAAAGAUUCCUGUUGGUGAACUUGAAGUUGGUGUUCUGUAUCCUAUUCGGUCCCUUGAACGGUCCAAUAGCAAGGUGCAAGGGAAGGAGAUACCUGGAAUUAUAUGUCGGGUGACAUCUCCUGAAUCGUUGAAUUUGUUUACAUAUCUGCCAAAGUGUUUUGUAAGCAUGAAGGAUGCUUUGUAUGAUCGUAUCAAUACUGAUGGAGCCACUGAUUCAAAGUGGAGUCUUGUGUUUUAUGGCAGUGUUGGAAAUGGAAACAUUUGUCGUCUUGUACGUCCUGGUCAAGGUGUUGAUGAGGAGCUGUUGAAGAAGAUGUCGUCUAUGAAACGUCGUGCUGAAAAUGCUGUGUUGAUGAAUAAUAAGAAGAUGAAGUCUGAUUGAGUGUAAAGAAUUGUGGAUCGUUGGUGCUGCAUGGAAUGUGGGUUGAUUUAGUUUGGUGAAAGAUGUGAGGUGUUUGUCUAUGUUCGUAAUGUGAUGUGAAGGAAAAUUUGCAGUGAUA